AUGAAUGCUUUGAAUUUCUGCGGGGGAUCCAACAGUGGAGUCUAUCCUCUACACAGCUUCAACUCCGUCUGUUUCGACCACCACCAGAUGGCAGACCAGUACCAGGUUUAUUCAUUGGCCAAUCCCUCCUCGGUUAACACGUUCUCUGUUGCUGAAAGACUUGCAGAGUUGAUCCUGGAGGCCCGUUAUGGGAACCAGCAAAAGCAGCGUCGAAGCCGCACAGCUUUCACUGUGUCCCAGCUACAGGCUCUAGAGAAAGCCUUCCAACAGACCCAGUACCCUGAUGUAAGCAUGAGAGAAAGACUGGCUGUCUGCGUCAACCUGCCUGAAGCUCGCAUUCAGGUGUGGUUCAAGAACAGAAGAGCAAAGCUUCGUAAGGGACAGCGAUGCUCCCCUCUUCGCAGAGAGCAAAGCCUGGAGGAACCACAUCAGACCAAGGCAGGAGGGGAAGAGAGCACUACUAAGGACUCCAAAACACAAAGCAAAUUCGCUCCUCUCUGUGAAGUCAGUGAUGCUCCCACCAUUUCUUGUCCUGGAGACGCCAUUGCAACUCAGGUCCACACAAGAUUACAUUAUCCUCCCGUUUUUCCCUUUGUGUAUGGAGAGCGGAACCACCUUCCACAUCAUCAUGCUUUAGGGAUGCUGUCAGCUGGCCUACAUUUCACCCCCAAAUUCUGGCCCAUUUUACAGCAACACAGCUUAGGAGUUGCCCCACCGGUUGGUAAAAACUGCAGCCUUUCCCUUCAGACUUUCUUUCCCAGUAAAGCUGUACCCCACCCCAACCUGGGUCUUUAA